AUGGCUUCCCCUCCCUAUACCUACGUCACGGCCCCCACGAGCCCUAUCCUCCCGGGCCUCGACGAUUUCGAGUUCGAGACCAGCAGCAAAUUCAACAGCGGCCGCCACAACUUCGAUCCGACCUUCUUCGACUACUACGGAGGGCAAAACGGUAAAAUCGCCUUCGCGGACGAGCUCUUCUCCGACGGCCUCGUCAUGCCGCUCAAGCCUCCGCCCCGACUCCACCACGACUCCUCCGCCGCCUCCUCCCCGACGAGACCCGCCGCCACUUUCUGCCGCUUGCCCUUCUCGAGGAAAAUUGACGAUUUUGACCCUUUCGUGGCCGCGCUGCAAAAGGUCACGGAGGAGAAGAGGCGUGGCGGCCGCGGGCCCGGGCCCGGGCCUCGCCAGAGGCGCUCGAGAUCGUACUCGCCUUUCCGGGCCGUGGUCAGGUGCUCGAGCGACUGCACGAUUUAUGCCGAUCGGGAUUUCUCAGAGGAGAGUGCACGGGCGGUGGGUGGGCCCAGCUUUAGUGGGCCGUUGUUGGAUUUCAAGGGGUCGGCUUACGCGAGGUGGGUGAGGGACCAGACAGGGGAAGGUGGGCUGAGGCCCGUGAGGAAUGAUUCGGCCCGGCCCGAGGAGGGGAGGUCGAGGAAAGUGCAGAAAUUGAAGGAGUUUUUGAAGAAGUAUGCUUUGUUUGGGAGGGGGAGCAGCAAAGGGGCUAAAGCAGGUGCAGAGAAAAAUAAGUAUUAUACUAAAUUGGGUUUCAAAGCAGCCAAGGAAAAUGGGAAGUGA